AUGUCCGUCUCUUACCCCCAGAAAAUUUUCUCUAUUUGUAAAGACCAAUUAAUACGCCCUCGUGUUACACUUGCAAGGACAUGUAGGACAUUUAAGGAGCCUGCGCUCGACAUUCUUUGGGAAAACAUAGAUGGGUUCGAGCCACUUAUCUCAUGCUUGCCUGAAGGUGUCGCCGUUAUUACUAACACAGACACGGGAACAAAGUUAGUGAGUACAACAUCAACGAGACACAAUUCAAUUCCACCCCGACAUUUUCCUCCCAACUCGAUCAAGUCCAUAUCACUACACCAUCGCCUUCCGUUCCGAGCCAUUGUCUGA